AUAAUAUAUAGUAUUACCAGAUGUGCCAUGCGAGACGGACUUGCAUAGCAUUGAUGUAAAGUCCGCUUAAUCUACAAGGAACCUGACCUACAACUUUUUGUGUUGGUAUGAUGUGACUUCACCUGGUAUGACGUAUGACAUGACGUGCAAUGCCAACGUUGUUCGUGUUUGUUUGGACUGAUUAGUGAUUGUGCCAUUUAUUUUUAUUUAUAAUUUAUAAAAACAAUGAAUUUUGGAUCAAAUAUGGAAAUAAAUCAAGAAGCUAGUGAGAAAACUUUUAAAAUAAAAGUAGAAAAUGAAGACACCUGUGUUGGUCCCUUGGAUGCUUUCAAAAUUGAAAUUGCAGAAGAACCCAAGAGAGAACCCGCAUAUGACCACGCAUUUGGUUAUUUAGACUCAAAUGAGUUUCCGGUAAAAACUGAAGUAGAACAAGGUGAAUAUAAAUUUACACCCUUUGAAGACAAGCAAACAACAGAUGAAGAAAGUUGUUCCCAGGAGGAAAACCAAAUGAAAAUUAUGGAUACGUUAUAUUCAUAUCAUAAAAGAACAUAUACAGAUCAUCUAAUUGAAGGAAAAAUGUUAAAUAAAAAUGUGAACGUUGAGACUGCUGGACAUACAUCUUACAAAUGUGAAAUUUGUUUCAAGCAAUUUACUGCAAAAAGUAGUUUAAAAACUCAUUUGAGAGUGCACACUGAAGAAAAACCGUUCAUGUGUGAAAUUUGUUUAAAACAGUUUAGUCAAGCAGGUUCUUUGAAAAAACACUUGAGAGUGCACACUGGAGAAAAACCGUACAAGUGUGAAAUUUGUUUUAAACAGUUUAGUGAAUCAGGUAGUUUGAAAAGACAUUUGAGAGUGCACACUGGAGAAAAAACGUUUAAGUGUGAAAUUUGUUUAAAGAAAUUUAUUACAACAAAUGGUAUGAAGAAACACUUGAGAGUGCACACUGGAGAAAAACCGUACAAGUGUGAAACUUGUUUUCAACAGUUUGGUCGAGAAGGUGCUUUGAAAACACAUUUGAGAGUGCACACUGGAGAAUCACCCUACAAGUGUGAAACUUGUUUUAAACAGUUUUGUCAAGCAGGUGCUUUGAAAAAACACUUGAGAGUGCACACUGGAGAAAAACCUUACAAGUGUGAAAUGUGUUUUAAACAGUUUAGUGAAUUAGGUAGUUUGAAAACACAUUUGAGAGUGCACACUGAAGAAAAACCGUUCAUGUGUGAAAUUUGUUUAAAACAGUUUAGUCGAGCAGGUUCUUUGAAAAAACACUUGAGAGUGCACACUGGAGAAAAACCGUACAAGUGUGAAAUUUGUUUUAAACAGUUUAGUGAAUCAGGUAGUUUGAAAACACAUUUGAGAGUGCACACUGGAGAAACACCUUACAAGUGUGAAACUUGUUUAAGACAGUUUAGUAAAGCAAGUAAUUUCAGACACCAUUUGAGAGUGCACACUGGAGAAAAACCGUUCAUGUGUGAAAUUUGUUUAAAACAGUUUAGUCGAGCAGGUUCUUUGAAAAAACACUUGAGAGUGCACACUGGAGAAAAACUGUACAAGUGUGAAAUUUGUUUUAAACAGUUUAGUGAAUCAGGUAGUUUGAAAACACAUUUGAGAGUGCACACUGGAGAAACACCUUACAAGUGUGAAACUUGUUUUAAGCAGUUUUGUCAAGCAGGUGCUUUGAAAACACAUUUGAGAGUGCACACUGGAGAAACACCUUACAAGUGUGAAACUUGUUUUAAACAGUUUUGUCAAGCAGGUGCUUUGAAAAACCAUUUGAGAGUGCACACUGGAGAAAAACCUUACAAGUGUGAAAUGUGUUUUAAACAGUUUAGUGAAUUAGGUAGUUUGAAAAGACAUUUGAGAGUGCACACUGGAGGAGAAAAACCGUUUAAGUGUGAAAUUUGUUUAAAGCAAUUUGUUACAACAGGUGAAAUGAAGAACCAUUUGAGAGUGCACACUGGAGAAAAACCGUACAAGUGUGAAAUUUGUUUUAAACGGUUUAGUAAAUCAGGUCAUUUGAAAACACAUUUGAAAGUGCACACUGGAGAUAAACCUUACCAGUGCGCUAUUUGUUUAAAGCAAUUUAGUGAAAAAAGUAAUUUAAAAGUACACUUAAGAGUGCACACUGGAGAAAAACCGCUCAAAUGUUAAAUUUGUUUUAAACAGUUUUCUACAGCAAGUAGUUUGAAACAUUUGAAAUUGCACAAUGACACUGAAGUUAAACUUAACCUUCGGAGUACGGAGAUUAUUUGACUUACUUAGAUUACGAAGAUGGGUCAAGCGUGACCCAUUCUCAUUUUAUUUAUAAGGAUGUUUUAAAUAGUCAGUAUUAAUAAACAGUAUCUUUAAUUCAACAAAAAACAAACAAACAUAACCAUUAUAAUCCUAAAUUAUUGUAUUUAAAUUUUUUAAGAUGGUUUCCCAUGGGUAUACACUAGUUCGCUCCGGCGGCCAGAUUUUAAUACCUUACAGAAAACGGGCAUAGGUAAAUUCGCUCCGGCCAUAUAUUUGAAUAGGUAUACCCGUAAACAGAGACGGCUGCGAUUUACGUGUACCUACAAACAUAUUAAAAAUAUUUUUCGAAAUCCGAAGACCGGGUCAGGACUGACCCGGCAUCAUAUAUGUUACGUAGAGGAAAAACUGUAAUUUGCAUGUUCACGAAUUAUAUACGAAAAAAUAGACUGAAACAAAUAAGGAGAACUUACGAUCAAUCGGAUUUGUAAAAAAAUUAUUUCAUAAAAUAUUAAGAAAUAAGUGAAUUUCGGGUCACGCUUGACCCAGUCUUCGUACUCCGAAGGUUAAGGAGUGUGAAAUUUAUUUAAAACAAUUGAAUCGGUCAUUCCAAAAAGUGCUUAAGUCCACAAUUUUGAGACACUAACUUUUUGAGCGGAAUCGAUUUCUUUAAGAUAAAUUCACAUUGUGUGCAAAAACGACUCCAGUACGUAUAGAAUAAUAUGUCGAAAUAUUCUACCAAAAUUAAAGGUCUGUCCAAGAACAAUAUGAGUCCAGGGCGUAUGCAGUUUUUGUGGUUAAUUUAUAAACAUAAUUUUUGCCUAAUGAUAGAUAUUUUGGGGCGCUGAAAUCAAAAAUUAAGAAGCGGGACAGAAUUUAUGUGCCAGAACAAUAUUAUUCCCUUAUGGCUGGAGCUGGGACACAUUCCAUUUUUGAGAUAGACACGUCAGAUAUUGGAUUAUCGUAAUUGGUGACCAACACCCUAAUAACACCAAACAUUCCAUGUAUGUUCCUAGAAUGUACACACAGGACAUUGAAAACAUUUGUUAAAUGUCCUCAAAAGCACAAGAAUGUCCCCUAAAUGUAACAGGAAAGUCCUGUGUCAGCAUUUUAAACAUUCCUUGAAUGUCUUGUUGGAACAUUCCAUGAAUGUCUACGAAUGUUCUUUGGACAUUGACAGUAUAUUUUUAGACAGUCCCUGGAUUUAGUCGCUGAGGUGACAUAAUACCUCCGAUUUGUUUUUUCUUGAGUUUUGUAAGAGAGACUAAAAACUUUUUUUACAGUCACCUCCUGUUUUCAUAUGAUAUUUUUUGACAUGUUUUGUAGUAAAUUCAACUAUCUAUUUACUACAAAACAUGUCAAAAUUUACAUGUGAAAACAGGAGAUGACCCUAAAAAUGGUUUUUCGUCUCAUACAAAAUUCAUGACAAAGCAGAUAAGAGAUAUUGUGACAUCACCGACGAUAUACCAGAAGUAUAUGUGGCCAUACCAAAUAAUACAUCCUUGAUAAAUAUAAACAUUUUUAUUACACAAAAUCUUGUCAUAUUUUUUUCCACAAUUAUCACUACGAUGAUGAUUGAUUGUAUUGAAUUGUACAUUACAAUUAUAAUCUGGUCAUAAAUGAGCAAUUUUAAUUUAACCUAAAUUACUACUGUUCUUUAAAAUGAAGAGCUUACCCCAUGGCGUCUCUUAUCUAAUCUAACAAGAUCGUGCACUAUUUUAACAUGCUCAGGCACACGAGCACUAUGCUCUGCUUUUCACUAUCACCUAUCACUCAAACUAGUUCAAAAGGCUUUGUCCUCUUUAAUCUUCUAGUUUGCCCAGUAGUAUCGAGGAGCUGGAUUUACUCAAUAUUGUCAUACUUAUAAAGUUGUUGCUCGUGACUUCCUGCCAUCUUCUUGAUGAUUAUAUUCAGGUUCCAUUUCUAGGUCCUUAUGGAGAUCACUGUUUGUCACAUACCAAGGAGCAUCUACAAUAUUUCUCAGUAUUUUGUUCUGGAAUCUUUGCAUAAUUUUUAUAUUACUUGGUCUAGUAAGUACACCCCCAUAGUGAGCAUCCAUAAGUCCAUACAUAUCUUAAUAUUUGUUUAUAAAGUAAUAACUUAUUAUGCAUCGUCAAUGUGGAGUUUAUUCCAACUAGAUAAUACACUUUUAUCUAUCUUUAUUUUGCCUUUCAUAGCCACAAGGCUAUACGUUUCCUACCUGGUUUUUUUGUAGACCACUUUCAGCUGAUUCUAAAAAAAAUAAAAUGGAUGGUAAUUUUUCUAUUCUUUACAAUUAAACAUCAAAAGAAAUAGGUAAUAAUAUGCAUAAAUAAUUCGUAUAAAGAAUAAAGAAAAUUGAAUACGGAUUUUAUAAUACUUACAUAAUUGUUUAAACAAAAGAGAUCUAGCCAGAGCAAAACUAACAUACAGAACAGCAAAAAAAAGCCACUAAUAAUUCUAAUUUCCAUUUUCCAUCCAAUCAUAAAUUUUUAGGUUAUCGUUAUCAUGAAAUAAUGAAAUGUGAAAAUGUGAUGACCACGCGGCACGCGACCCUACUUACAUAGAACACGGGCGGCAAAUUUGAAAAUGAACGCAAAUUGAAUAGUAAAUGGCCUCACUUAAAAUAUAGGACAUUGGUAGUAUGUUCAUAGAAUGUCUUGUAACAUUCCACCAAUAAUUUAAUCAGAUGUUCACCGAAUGUUCCAAGACAUUCAAACAUUAAUAGAACUUUGAUAGUACAUUCCUGAAAUGUUUUGUGUUUUUAGGGCAUAUUACAAGCGAAACUCCCUCUAUAAUGAAUGCUUAGGUUCAAGGGAACCAAAGCAACAAAAAAAACCUCUUCAUCGUCGUUGAUGUCUUUUGAAUACGAUAAACAUGGAAAAGGUAGAGUUGUGACCCACGAUUUUCGGUUUCACUAGUCAUACGUUUCAUCUUUUCAAAACCAAACGUCCCUGUUGCUACCAACACCAUUAGCUUCUCCAAAUAGUGCUGUAGCCAAUAAUCCCAAAAAGUUGCAGACAUCAAGCAAGUUCAAAACAGCAUUUUGGCAGAAUAUUGAGCCCACCACUGUUCUUGAAUGAACUAUUCAUAUUAACCCAUAUAUUUCUAAUAUUCUUUUUUGUUUUUUUAUUAAAGUUAAAUUUAAAUUGUCUAGAUUAAAAAAAGGUGCUACUAUAGUAUGCGGUCUACCUCGAGAGAGCGAUCUACCUGAAGUUAUUAGUUGUCCAAUAAAGGCAUAUAUGUAGCUCUGUAGAGUCACAAUAUUUCCAGUCCUCUAUCCCCAUGACUUUUUCGGCUUCUUUAUUUGUACACUUCACUGUUUCGUUCACAAUUUUUUCGUCCUCAAACAAGCAAAGGGAGUCAACAGGAUCAUCUACACUUUGACCAGGGGCUAACAUUACUUUGUGCACUUUGCUUUUUAUUAUGUCGCAGGAUAGCAUACGUACUGUCGGUUGUAGUUGACACUUCUCGUUAAUUCCAUCCUUAGUUUCAAAAAUUACACACUCUGAAAUCUGGGAACUUGUAUCUACACAUUCUUCUUCAUUAUCACUCAAUACUACUUGCUGAUCAUCCUCUUCACUUGCUUCCGAAAGAUGAUCUUCAAUUUUAGAGUCACUUUCAAUGACACCUACUGCAGGGAAUCUUCAUCAUCGGAAUCCCAUAAAUUAUUUGCAAUAUCUUGCAGUUCUGCAGCAGAUAAUGGUUUUUGGGACAUUUUAUUCGCACUAUCUACUUUCACUGUAAUUCAAUAUAAUUUUAGGAGCAUAGUUGUCGACACUAACAUCGAUAUCAAACGACUGAUAGCAGAUGCAUUAUUUAUUUCAAAAUAUGUGCAGGUACCUACCCAACAAUAUUAUUGCUUUCCACCAAUGAUUAUCAGUUUUAAAAAUUCAUUUAGAAUAGAUAUAACACCUAUUGUAAGGUAGACAACGUAAUAAAACCAUUUUAAAGUUAAAUUGUGGCUUAUUUUCCAUCUAAAAUAAUAAAUUAUUAAAUUGGAAAUUAUUAUUUCUGAUUUACUUGUACAUAUGUAGUUGACUUAUAAGAAAAAAAUAUCAUGGUAUCUCUACAAAACCAAGGAUUUUCAUAUCCAGAUAGUUUUUUGCAUUUUUCUCGAAAGUUAGUUAACAUGACUCAGUCUGUUUCUGAAAUAAGCUGUUCAAGUGCAUUUUUUUGUUCUUCUUAAUGGCGAUACAUGCUCGUUUUUGUAAUAUUUUAUUUAGUUAUCGAGUAAUUUCCGCAUACGCACAUAUUUCUCAAAUUGGGCUCUGUACCGCCAUUCUUUACUAUAUUACGAAUAUGUGUGCCAAAUAUCUCGACAAAAUCUUAAAAAUUAUAGCUACAAUCAUGGACCGUGUUUUCUGCGCGCUGAUGUAGACUCUUAGGUAAUUUUAUGAGGAAUAAACCGAAUAAUUUUUUUCAUUUAUUUAUAGAUCAAUAAUUCAUCUAUAAAUUAAUGAAAAAAAUUAUUCGGUUUAUUCCUCAUAAAUUUACUUAAAUGGAGCGUUUUUGUGAACUUCCUGAAAAAGUUGAUUUGUGGGUUACAACCUUUUACCUUUCAACUGCCAAUAUACUACAAAGGAAAAACCCAAAAACAAAAAACGAAAACUGGUACGUGUAUUCAAGAGAUGAAUCGAUUUCAUCAAUUGCGAAUUUCUAGUACCGAUCAUAUGCGUCCGUUUUGGGUAGGUCAAUGGAUAUUUUAUCGCAUUAUUUUUUCUGUGUUUAAUUUUGAAGCAUUUUUGACACCAACUUAUUAACUUAUGAGGUAUUCUAGUACUAAAAGUUACUCUUGCUUUAGGUCGGUAAAAUACACCGUUUUUUUUUGAAAAAUUUUACAAAUUUUGCUCAAAUUCAAAAAACGAAACAUUUUCAAAUAGAAGACGGUGUAUCCUACCGACUUAAAGUAAGAGUAAACUAGAAUACCUCACGAUUUAAUAAUCCAGUGUCAAAAAUACUUAAGUCAAAGAAAAAAAGUUAUGCGAUAAAAUAACCGUUGCCCUACCCAAAGAGGACGCAUAUGACCGGUACUAGGAAUUCACAAUUUAUGAAAUCGACUUAUCUCUGGAAGAUAAAUAGACGUACCAGUUUUAGUUUUUCUAAAUAGACAUGUUCUAGAGGUAUUUAAAAAAACUGAUUAAAAGUCACCAUCUUCAAAGAACUCAAGCUUCCUUAUAAAGCAUUUUCGGAGUAGGUGAUUUGGGCUAAUACUUAAUAUUUUGAGCCCAGGAUUCUACAGUUAAAAUAUUUCCAAUUAUGAAUGAAACACCCUGUAUUGUUUUGUUUUAUUUCAUUAUCUUUUAUUUUGUAAUAAUAUUGACGAUUUUUGUAAUUUCAGUAAACUGUAUUUGUUAGUGUUUUGUUCCUAAUCUUUGUAAGCUGUGUCCAUAAAAUUGUAAAGCUUUCAGUGACAAUAAAGCAUAUUUCUAUUCUAUUCUAUACAAGCGUUUUUGCUUCUUUUGUUGAAUUUUUUUUAGCACUAUGCCAUAUCAUUGGUCGAAAAGGUCCCCGCGACAAUCUUCGAUAUGGGGCUCCUGUGGGGCUAGCUACGCCACUGCGUCAAAUAUUGGAUUGUCGUAAUUGGUGACCAACAUAUUACAAGCGAAACUCCCUCUAUAAUGAAUGCUUAGGUUCAAGGGAACCAAAGCAACAAAAAAAACCUCUUCAUCGUCGUUGAUGUCUUUUGAAUACGAUAAGCAUGGAAAAGGUACAGUUGUGACCCACGAUUUUCGGUUUCACUAGUCAUACGUUUCAUCUAUCCAAAACCAAACGUCCCGUGUGGCUACCAAUACCAUUAGCUUCUCCAAAUAGUGCUGUACCCAUUAAUCCCAAAAAGUUGUAGACAUCAAGCAAGUUCAAAACAGCAUUUUGGAAGAAUAUUUCUAUUAAGUCGUCAGCUACGAACGUCACAUCGCUGACGACGCGACGUUCGUAGCCUCUGAGUCAGAUAAUGAAUUUGAUUUUCUUCCAUAAGAUUAUAUUUUAAUAAUUACCAGUUUUUGUAGUUACUGUACUUUGAAAAUAAAAAUAUAAGUGGUUGUAUUUCUGUUUUUUUUUUCGUUUCAUGCAAAAACAGCAUAAGUCCAAUAUUUCAAAAGUAAUUUUCCAAAAAACCUUUAUUUUUUCCGAGACGAUUUAUAGGUCAUUAAGAUUAGGAACAAAAUUACAAUAUCACUUCACUUGGGAUUUUUAGGUCAUCCGUUUCAUCAAUCUUUCAACUAUUUAGUUUUUUGCUCUCCUGUAAAAUUAGGAAAAUGUGACUCGUGUUUUUUUUUAAAUUACCGAUUCAAUUCAAUACAACGUCUCAUUUAAAAGUACAUUUUGCAAAUGCACAUUGAGGAAAAUCCUUAAGGGCCUACAAAAAAUGACGCAAAACGGAAGUGUGUGACUUGGAAACUGUCGUUUUUGUUGGCGUGCAAAAUGCUAGAAUAAUCAGGUUCAGCUUGAUUAUAUCUGUCAAACGUGUUUGAUACGCACUUGAAUUCUAUUAUACACUGUGAGCUCGUACGUAGAGGGGAUAUUUGCAAAUUCGCGAGCGCCAGUAGUGGCAAGUCUGUAAACGUUUACCGGAAAUUUGACAUAAAUGUCAAAGUGAUUAAAUUAAAAUUAAAAACAUUAAUUAUAAAAAAUAUUAGUUGAUCAAAGCUGUGGUAUAUAUUUUUACCUUAAAUACUGAAUUUAAGUUUUUUUUAAUGUUGCGUAAUAUGUAAUUAUAAUUUAAUCUAAAAAUCUUAGCGCCAUCUACACGAUAAUUGUGAAAGUAUCCGAAGUAAGGAAUUCAUAUUUUAUCAAUAGAACGUCAAAAUGAUUAGCAAAAUCUUACAAAUCGAUUACAAUUUAAUUACUUUUUUGCGUUGUAAAUGUUAAGCGAUAACAAUUAAAUAAUAAAUUUAAAAAUUACCGGUGAAAGUUGAAUUAAUAAUCCGCUAGGAGCGCCACCAGCGAAGCUCAGAGCGUAUAGUAAAUCUGAAGUGUGUGUGAUUAGGAUUUAUAAUUGGACUUUUUGAUGUGUAGUUUCGUUUGCAAAAUAUAACUUAAAGUUAUACUUUCGCCAAGACCAAUAAAAAGAUACGUGUGUAUCUUAUUACAACUUUUAAUAAACUCUCGUUGCCAAGCGUCCCACUUGACACUGUUUUCUAAUUGACUAGAAUUAAGCUAGGGUCUGAACAUACCGCCAGCAUUGAAAGAUUAUAAAAAAUAUUUUAAACAUAUAUCGAUAGCAAAUGAUUACAACGUUUUUUAAAUUCAUUAAUCUUACCCCAAGUAGCAAUUUUUCGACGCAUUGGUUGUCAGUACAAACAAAUGCACUGUAUAUAACGUUGCCACAGUGGACUUUCAGUUGUUUCGGCCAACGACCCCUAACCCGACUGACAUUACGAUGUUACAACGAUAAGUAAUACCUUUAGUUAUAUGGGCAACUAAGUUAUUACUAUUGUGACAACUACAUAUCACAGGUAAGUUUUUUCAACAAUCGCAACGACUUAAAAACGUUAUAAUGCUAAACUAAUUUACGCCCAUGGGUUUUCUGGCCGACUAGGUAGUUGUCUCUCACGACCCCAGGACCUUUGUUCUGGAUGUGUGACACGUUUGCGGCAACUUCAGGAGCAAAAAAAGAAUUUACUUUAUAACCUUACUUUUUUCUUAUUAUUUUAUAUUUUAUUUUGCUGGAUUUUUUCGAUUUAUUUAACAACCUGUUUAUUUGUUUUUAUUAGCUGGUUUCUCCAUUGUCCAUUGUUUUAUCAGUAGAUUUGAUAAGCUUAAAUCUUUGUAUCAGCUUUGCUAGACAGGGUUGCCAGGCCAGUUCUUACUCUUUCAGUACUAUUCGUUGCAAGAUAAUUCGGCUAGAACUCCGACAAAAUAUGUACUUUUUGUACAUAUUUUGUCUGAAUUCCAUCCGAAUUAUCUUGCAGCGGAUAGUAGUUUUGCUUUCAAAAAAUCAAUAGAAAUCAGUAGAUUCUUUUUAGGCCCUGUAAAUACAGUAAAACCUGUGUUAACGGUUACCUGUCAAAAUCGGCCACUUGUCGCCCGGUUUCAUAAUCAACUUAAAGUAAACAUUAAGUAAAGUUCACUUUAAAGUUGGCAUUUACCCAUAUAUGAAUUAUUGUGAUAAAGGUAGGUACCAACUUACUUAAAAUUUAAAAUCCACUUUAACUGAUUAUAAAACCGAGCGUUACAAUUAUUUUGAAAAUUCUCCAAACCAAUUAUAUGAAGAUUUCCUUAUUUAGAUCUGGUAUUUACCAGUUUCAUUUCUCUGUCCAUCUAUUAUCAUCAUCUACGUCCUGAAUCUUAUUUUCGGUAAUGACUUUGGGAAAUUGUAACAAAAUGUCUGAAAAUAAUUUAGAAAUGGGGUAAAUACUAUUAAAAAGCAAAUUUUAUUUUAGUGAUAACAAAAUAUUGAAAUAUACCAAACAUCUAAUAAAAAACAUUGCCUACUAGAAUUUUUUAAAUAAUAUCAAAAAUAUACCAAAACAGUAGAUAUCUACUAAAUGUGGCAACGCUGUUAAGGAGAAUGAUGCACUUCAUUGCACUGGUCACAUGAUCUCUGUCACCCAAUAAGAGGGUGCGUUCUAAAGUGGUUGGGAUAGUCGGCCAGGGCCGUGUUUGGUCGGCGAUUGGACUUCUCGGUUGUCUCAUCCGUCUAUGGUUGGUAAUAAGGUAUAUUUUAAGUAAUAUUGGUAAUAUUGUUUAAUGCACCAUUUUGGUUUUUUUGGGAUGUAAAGAAAAUAAAAACACAAAAUAUAAAAAAUGCAGGCAUUCUCUAAUACCUUUAAAAGCACCAUCAAUACAUUAAAUUUAUACAAAACAUCUUUAACAUAAAUUCUGGCUUUUAUAUUAAAAUUAGAUUUUUUAAAUUUGCAUAUUUUUUGUUAAAAAGGUGAUAAAAAAUGAGCGCGUGUGUUUUUUAAAGGUGGAAUAUCCAUAUUUGACGGUAAUCUGAGAUGCGUUUAUAAAUUUCACAUCAGGUAAUUUUGUUUAAGUCCUUAUUUAUGUAUUUAUAUAAAUUUAAAUACCUGAUAUGAUGUCAAAAUAGUUUACUUUUUAUAUAGGUAAAAAAACAUAACCAGUCCGACUCUUUGAGCAACUAUUGCACGCAGGCGCUUUUUAUAGUCGCUUCAGUUGUCUUAUGCAACGCUUAAGGUUGCCUAGGCAACGUCAAGACAACUCAAAAAUCGUCCACCAAAUUAGUGCAGAAUUGGGUCGUCUUCUAGGCAAUAACAACGUUGUAACAAAACGUUGCCACGCGGUAGACAACGUUGUCGCGUCGACAAAUUGCUACUUGGGACGUAUUUAAAAUAACCUAUAAAAGACGUCUAUAUGAUGUAAUGUUCAGACACGUGUAUAUAUUCAACCAAGAACUGACGUUUCCUCGACGUUAUUGACGUCAUUUGGUUGUCUGGGUAAUGGGAAACUAUAUGGAGAUAUAUAAAGUAGACUAAGGGUUUGAUAUGUAGAAGUGGAAGCCUUCUAAAAUUUAAUUUCACUUGCUGCUACUAGGAAUUAUCUCGAACCAUUGUAGGGCAAAUACAUACUUGAACAGUCAAACACAUUGAUAUAAAAACACCCAGGAUAGAACCUAUGAGCAAAAUUCUGGCGUCCAAAGUAGCUGAUAAAAAGUAGCUAAUAACUUGACAUAACAAUGGCCGACUCUUGGUUUCCGGAAUAAUUUCUUGAUUUACCAACAGGAAUGCAUUAAAUUAUUGACAUAAUAUUUCCUUAAUACAUAAUGUUGCCUGUUUUACAAUGUAUUUUACAUUAAAAUAUGUCACCAAAUAAAAUAUUUAUUAUUUAUUAACCACAAAAACACCUGUCAACGCCAACUUCACGUAAGAAAUUGUAAACAGUAUGUGACGUCAGUUCCGUCGCAGAUCAAAUGCAUGUAAAAUGGACAGCCUAAGUCUGACGUCACAAAUGUCACAAAAUUGGGAGGAGCUUAUAUUGGCUCCAAACAAUUUUGUUUGUAACCUUAAAUGGUCAUAAGGAAUUUUUCUUUUAUGUGCUAUGUGUGGCAAAAUAAGACUUCAUUUAGGUAUUUCGUUAAAGAAACCUGUUAAUUAAGAGAUUUUUAUUCGUUUUUGCUCAGGUGGUUUUUAUUCCUUAGUGAUUGAAAAUAAACAUAACCUCAAAACUGUUUACAUUCUAAUCAUUGCAUUAAAUUAACUCACCUGGGCAAAAACGAAUAAAAAUCUCUUAAUUGGCACGUUUCUUUAACUAAAUACCUAAAUGAAAAGUCUUAUUUUGUCACACAAACCACGUAAACAAUAAAUUAAAAAUUCCUUAUGAGUGUUUAACAUUAUAAACAGAAUUGUUUGGAGCCAAAUAUAAGCUCCUCCCAAUUUUGUGACGUCAAGACUUAGGCUGUCCAUUA